GUGAUCACUUAUCUUGAUCAAAAGGCAUGACGUCUACUGAACCAAGAGUUUCCUCAGUCUUCUUUCGCACCUUGAGAGAGUUACAUUGCAGGCCACCAUGAGGAGCUUAUUCAUGUCAGGUCUGGCAGGUUUUCUAGUUUUAGGUUUAUUUUUCAAGAUUUGCUUGACCGAGAACAUGGAAAGCGAGGAAAACAGGAAAGGAAAACUCCUUAGCAUAUUCAACAUAAUCCAGUUUGAAAAUGGUCCCUGUGCCGGGAGCGAGAGUAAAAACGGGACAUGUUAUACCAAGGAAGAGUGUAAAACCAGAUCGGGAACUGCUUCCGGAACAUGUGCCUCUGGUUAUGGCGUGUGUUGUAUUUUUUCCAAAACGUGCGGUCAACAAUCAAGCGAGAACUGUACCUACUUUGAAUCCGGAAGGAACCUUGCCGGAUCAUGUGAACUCAAAGUCUGUAAAGCAGAUUCGAACAUUUGUCAACUGCGAUUGGAUUUUGAUUCCUUUGUGAUCUCUGGACCAUCCACGUCUGCCACCUCAUACGCUAAAACUGUGGCUGGAAGUGUCUCUGCCGGUGCCACCAACGAAAUUGCCACCAAGACGCAAUGCUUGACCGAUCUCUUCAGCGUCACCAGUCCAGGAAAUCCUGCCCCACCUUCAAUCUGUGGAAGCAACAGUGGAGAACACAUGUAUGUGGAUACUUCCGAUGCCUGCAAUACAUUGACGUUCCAAUUGGGAAGUACUGGCAUUGGUACCACUAUAGCCAAUCGCCAAUGGUCCAUAAAGAUUGUCCAAUUGGCUUGUGAUGACGAAAAUCGGGCUCCACCUGGUUGUACCCAGUACUACUAUGGUCUCAACGCUGGAACGAUUCAGACUUUCAAUUACCAGAAUGAACAACAUCUAGCGAAUCAGAGGCAAAAUGUUUGCAUUAGGCAAGAGCGAGGCCAAUGUCAAAUUUGUUAUGCGCCUGUGGCUGAAACGGACUUUGGAAUCUCUAGCGUGAUUGAUACAAUGGGGUUCAUUGGGGCUUCCAUGUGUUGUGGUUAUGGCGAAGAUGGGGCAGGCAUGUCUGGAUUUGAUUGCCUCGUUAUUCCAGGAGCUCAAAAUGUUAUGAAAACUGGCAUUGAUGCUGGUAGUCAAUUUUGUGGUUUGUUCUUGGGAGAAAUGUCGCCAACGACAACUCAUAAGACCAUUUGUUCUUCUCAAACGCCAUUUUCCGUUCUCUUCUUGUCCGACAAUUUUGAAUUCGUAGAUGAAGCUGGUUUGAAAGGAUCUACUGGAUUUAAGCUGGCCUUUCAACAAAACAAAUGUUAAAAUUAAUGUCAAUGUUAAUGAGGUUCUACUAUUUGUUUGUCCAUUCUGAAGAUCCCAGUAAAGCUGACUCUGUGUUCGA